UCUGUUUGCACUGUUGUAGUUGUAGAUGCACUGUAGUUUUUCUUACUUAAAGGAUAUUUUAAUGUCCUCUCUACAGAUGGCGACGUUUAAGGGAGGAAACCUUCUAAAGGAAGAGAUCUCUUCCACCAUUCAACCAAGAGAUGUGAAUUACAAAAGCAAUGUCGUCUCUGAUUUCUCCACUUCCAUCACAGCACAUGGAUACAUGGCUCUGUGUGGUCCAACAGACCAACAACCCAAUGAAACUAACCUCAGUAAGACGAGAACGUAUACGAUUACGGAAAUCCACGAAACCACAAACACAUCCAAAAACAGCACCACAAAUUUUGGCGGAAAGCUGGCAAGUUCCCCAAAAAGCUCAGAGUUUAACAGGAACGCAGACAUUCAGUUCUUGGAUGAAGGGGUUUUGAGAAAGGUGGAGAUGGGCCUAAUAACCACGGAGCAGCUACAGGCAUUGCUUGCUCAGCACACUGGCAAACCGACUACAAUCGCUGGAGUUUAUGUGGAGUCGAGUAAGAAGAAAAUAUCCUUCCUGGAGGCGGCUGAGAAGGGGUUUUUAGCAAAGACAUAUGCCCUUGAGUUUCUUGAGGCUCAGGCUGCCACCGGGAGUCUUGUAGAUCUGGUCACAGGAGAAGCACUCUCGGUUGCCGAGGCUUUGAAGAGAGGAAUCAUAGAUAUAAGUGUGAAAGACAAACUGGUGGAGGCAGAGAAAGCCAGUAGUGGCUACUUAUCUAAGGGCAAAAAGCUAUCUGUGUAUCAGGCAAUGGAGGAGAGGAUUCUUGAUCGAUAUAAAGCCAAGAAGAUCCUUGAGGUUCAGGUUUCUACCGGAGGAUUGAUCAACCCAGAGACCGGUGUUAGAGUACCAACUCUCAUUGCUUUAAGUCAGGGAAUUUUGAGCAAAGAGCUUCUGCAGAGCCUGUACGAUCCAGUGAGCAACCCAAAAGGUUUCCACAACCCCGACAUGGGACAGAAGGCAUAUUAUUGUGAAAUACUAAAGACAAGCUUGUACGACGUUGACGGUGGAGUGUUUCUCAUUCCGUUUGGCGAGCGACGCCUAACAAACACAUCUCCUAUGUCUCCCCAUCGAGUGUCUGUUGUCAACAGCAGCUGUGGAUCAGAAAUGUCAGUGUACGAAGCGUUCAAGGGGAAGCACAUUGACAAGAAGACAUACCUGUUUCUGUCACAGCAGGAGAGCGAAUGGCAAGAAAACUCGAUCGUUGACCCCAGUGGAAGCCCGCGUCACAUCAUCACUGACGCCAGAAGUGGACGACAGCUUUGUCUUGAAUCCGCCCUGAGUCAGAAGUUUCUUGAAAUGUCUGAGUUUGAAAACUAUCGCAGUGGUCUUCUCAGUAUCUAUGAGGUUGUGGAUAUUAUCUUUUCAAGAAGGGUUGUUGUAGAAGACGUUAACAGCACGAUCUCUGGUCUCUGGGACAUCACUCAGAAGAAGAGGCUCUCAGUUUUUCAGGGCUUUAAGCAAGGGUUUACUGAUAGAGUUACGGCCUUACAACUCCUAGAGUCCCAGGCCUGCACUGGGGGAAUAUGUGAUCCCUCGUCAGGGGAGAAAGUUGCCCUUUCUGAGGCUCUCAAAAGAGGUCUCGUUGACGAGGCACUGGAACAGCAGCUCCAACAGUUUGAGCAGGCAUUUAAUGGCAUUGCUCACCCCAAGACUGGGAAGAUUUUGUCUGUUUUUGAAGCUGUUCAGGAAAAUCUCCUCCCGAAGGAUGCUGGCUUUCGCUGUGUGGAAUUCCAGCUCUUGACCGGUGGACUGAUCAACCCCAGUACCCGCGAUAAAGUGUCGCUUGACGAAGUCAUUCAAAGUGGCCUCGUCGACAAAGUUACAGCAACCAUGCUGAAAGAUGACAAGUUCCACACUAAAAGUCUCACAUGUCCAAAAACCAAGAGAAGAGUCACAUUCAAAGAGGCACUGGAAAGAAGUGUGUUCGACUGCCACACGGGUUUAAGAUUAUUGGAGGCCACAAAGGUUCACAGCUACGGGGCCAAAACAACAUUUCAUUAUGUUUGGGCUUACAAAUAGAUGACUGUAUGUAUACAGUCAUCUAUAUACAUAUAUAUAUAUAUAUAUAUAUAUAUAUUUAGUUUGAUGCUCAAAGUUUUUUUCAUGAUUCAUGUAAAUUUUAACAUUGUUUUUUAAGCAUCCUCCAAGGUUUAUAUGCUCUUACUCUAAAGACUUACCUUAAAGAUCAAGUUCACUGAGAAACUGUUUUUGUUACUUGUUAUUUUUGAAAUAUCAUUGGUCACUCUGGAUUUAACGUGCCAGUUAACCCCAUGUCCUGCAUUAUCCGUCAAUAGAAAAUAGACGGAGAAACACUCGGAUUAGAAAAUCCCAUCUAUUCCACAUCACAUGGAAAAUUAGCAUUCAUGGACUCACCGAUCUUGGCUCGUGACAGGAAAGGCUGUUGUAGUGCAGCCUGACUAGUAGAAGCUAACCGUUAGCAUUAGCAACUCCACAUCAUGGCAGAACUCCUUCAAGCUUGUGUUUAUGUGGCGAUAAAACAUCAAAGUUGCAGAGCAAACAGAGUCAGUGGUAAGGUCGCAUUGCUGUUAGCCAGUCAGAGGCAUUUCAGAAUAUCAACCGCCUUCUGCCCCCCCCCCCCCCGUUCGGACUCCCAUGUACUUCCUGAAACAGACGUGCCUGAGCUUUUUUCCCACUGAGAUUGAUUCACAAAGCAAUCAUUCAUACUAGAGACCACUGCAAAUGUAUUGAAAAAAAUUAGUGAACUUGGUCUUUAAACAAAGCAAGUCGCUCCUUGUGUGUGUUUUGCAUAUUUUUAAUGAAAAGUUCUGCUGUUGAGCACCUGCCUGUUGUGAUUCUAGAGAUCUGUUGAUGAGGAGAAGCGAGAGCAUGGCGAUAAAGUUAGCAAACUGUUGCACUGGAUGUCCGAUGCUAAACGGACCAUGAGCAAUGAUGGGCAUGCUCUGAAAGAUAGUAAUGCCAACACAGAUGCUUCAAAUAAACAGCAGGUAAUUAAAGUGUGGGCUUUGACUUGUACUGGGGAUGAUGCAACACAAGUCUCUGCUGUUGCACGAUUUCUAAUAAAACACCUUUAACCUUU